AUGUCUUCCAAAGAGCAAACGGCCUUGGAGGUAUAUCUCAGAUUCAACGAUGAUUUGGAGAAGGAUUACUGUUUCCAAGUGUCCACUGAAACCUGCUUCAGAGAUUUGUUCCGUAUUUUCGACGGUUUGCCCAUUUCGCUAAGACCCAACAUCUUCUACUCGGCGAGACCAAAGACUUUUGUGGUUUCGACUGCCCCAGGCUACUUGACUGAGGACGGAAGCUUGCUUUUCUCCUACGAGACUUCGAAUGCCCAAUUCCGCAAGAAAAUCAAUUUGGACGACCGCAUUGCCCAACACUGCUGGCCUAGUCAGUUGAUCAUCCCUGUGUGGGAAUUCCUUUCGUUCAGGUUCUACCUGUUCGUCACUUUUUUGAUUGUGUGGCUCUACACAGACUUGCCUGACUUUAUCUCGCCAACCCCUGGCAUCUGUUUGACCAACCAGAUGUCAACUUUGGUGGCUUCCGUUGCCACUCGUUUUGGCUACGGUGACAUUGCCGAUGCCAUGGUCAAGGACAUCCAGGACCCAGUUUCCGUUGGUGGUCAGUGUGUGUUUUUUGUUUUCCACAUUUUGAAGGUGACCAUGAUCUUUUUCAUUUUGCACAUCGGUCUUUUCAACCCAAGAAAGUUCAGAUACUCUAAGGAUCAGGAGAUCACCAAGGAGAAGUUGCUUGACCUUGGAUGGACUGGCUCCAGACGUGCCACUCCUGACGACUACCUUGAAGCCUACAGAGAGUACAAGAUCAAGGAGCACGGUGGUAUGGUUCCUGCUCACCAGGCCGGUCUUUUCACCAGGUUGAAGAAGUUGGGUGUCUGGCUCGGCGAAGGUGAGGGCUACGACACCCCAGUGUCCAAAGACCACAAGCUUUCGGACAUCACCGAGGACAAGUAUGUGUUGAGUUACGACUUGUUCGUCAAGCUUGGUGAGAACUUUGAAAACCACAUCACCGGCAAGGGUGCGGAGGAAUUGAAUGCCAGCAUCAAGCAAUUCCGUCGCUUCGGGUUGAUGCACAGCGACGAGACGAUCAGGGAGUUGGUGGACAAGAGAAAAGUUGGCGGCGACAAAAAGUUGGACAAGGACUAA